AUGGCCGAACCAUCGCAUGACGCGAAUGGUCCUUACGUGACAAUCGAACCCCACGACUACGAGGACUUGAGAAGCAUGAAAGCACAGCUGGAUAAAGCCCGUCAAGAGGUGGAUAAAAGAUACGAAGACUUGUCAAAAUGUCGUUUAGACAACAUGACAUAUGCAAAGGCACAACUCGACCAAGCGAGACAGGCAGAACGAUUUCGCUACGAGAAUUUUGAGCGAAUACACAACAAACUUGUCGACUCCAUUUCACGACUUGUUGCUGCUGGAGGCAGUACUGCUACUCGUGGCACCGAUGAGCUUGGGGAGGACAAUGAUGCAUCGUCCCUUGGUCCGCUCCCAAGAGUGAGACCAAGGAGGGUACGGGCUCCCACUAGAGCCCAUGUUGGUUCGUCACGCCGUGUUACCAGGCAAACUCGGACUCGUGAAACUGCGACAGCGCCUGUGACACAGGCGCGAGAUCCUGUUAUCCUGCUACUUGCUUCUCGUGCAGCUGACAAUGCUGAGCUUAAGGCACUCAUGAGGAUAGUAGCUACUGGUAAUGCGAGUCAGCAGCAGUUUCGUAUCUUUCAGAGACACAUAGAUGAGUUAGUGGCACAAGUCAACGCUAACCAGGCCCAGUCAGUCACUCGAGCAUAG